GCGUUAUUUACUAUCUUUCUUCCCUCACAUCAAACCUAGCGGAAAAACUACGCAUCGAGUAUUGUUCAUCGCAACUCCUUGGAUCGUCAUUACCAUCGAUUUCCUUGUUCGUUUUCUAUGAUUUUUGGUGAUGUAGUUUCGUAUUCAACGGGAGAACAAGAUUCUAAGCUCGAUUUUGUUGAUUCGUGGCUGGAUUUGGUAGAAUCGAAGGUCAAUAACCCCCUCGCAGGUACUAUUCUUCGUUGAAUCUGCAGGUCUGAAUUCACCGCCAUUUUUUCUAAAAUUAAGCUUGAUUGGUGUCUUCUUAAGAUUCUAGUGUUGGUUUGUCAAUUCAAUCAACGAAUUUUAUGAUUUGGGCAAAUCUUUUUUUUUUUUUUGACAAAAAAAUAUAGGUACAUGUAAAAAAUACGGAGUAUUACAUUUUAAUUUAAAUUUCAAUUAUUUUCCUCUGUAUUUUCUAGCACAACCAAACAAUAAAAACGAUAUCCAUUGGUUUUUUCUAUUUUGCACCUGUUUCAUACAAAAACCUAAAAAUAAUAAAGAGAAGGUAUCUUUUAUACUGAGAGUGCUCAUAUCCAGGUUUUUGCUUGUUUCCUUCCAAUUUGUUGGUGCAUUUUGACCGGUUUUAGUGGUGUUUCGUCAUCUUGGUUGGAUUUUCAAUUCAUUUAACUAGUAUUGAAUCAUCUGAAGCCUUAGUUCAUACUUUAUUGUUUGUUGUUAUUCAUUCUUGUGGAACUUGUGCCUUUGUUUUGCACUACUGCUUUGUUUCCCUUGCCUUUUAUGCACUGUCUGAUUAUGGGGGGUAAGGAGAAGAAGAACACAAGUAGAAAGAGCUACCAAAAUAUCACCAACUUUGUGUUUGAGGGAACACCUCUUAGCGAGACUUCUAAACAUAAAUGUGUUUCUAGAGGUGCUGAACUUAAUAAGGGAACCUAUAGCCCAUGACAUUUUUUAAUAUUGUGGUACAACAUAGGAUCGGAUCACUUGUGACAACACUCUGGGCGUGGCAUUCUAGAGCUCCGAUAAUGGCUUCUUCAAUUAUGACUAAGCAUUAUUUUGCUUAAAUUGCCUCUAUUGGUAACUCAAAGCUCCCUUCAGGUACAAAGGCCUCACAUCUAUCUCUCUCUCCAAAUGGAAGAUUAAGAUUUUUUUCUUUGUGAUUGGUGGGUCAUUUCACAUUUGGUGUUCGUGUCUAUAGAGGAAAAGAAUCCAACACUGGCCUCAUCUUUUGUUGCUUCUGCCAUAACAGUCUUUGACCAUCUGAGAGGUAAGGAAGGUACCAAUAGCUCUCUACUUUCUGAUCCUAUGGUGGCUAAUGUUAAUUUUCUUUUUACUAUUGAAUCUAAUCAAGUUGGUGCUCUUAUUUUUAAUACUAGUGUUGUAAAUGUGAAUGAUUCUACUAUUUAUUUUGUUGUUUCCCCUCAUGUUAAUCAUACUUUUGCUAGCACUAGUGAUUCUACAGAUACCAUCGUUACUUCCCUUGUUGAUCAUAUUUUUGCUACCCAUCAUGUUAAUGUUAGUAUUCCUGCUAGCACUAUUGUUCUUACUGAUGCUAUAGUUAUUGCCCUGUUUGAUACUGCAGCUACUACACUUCUUACCCCUCUUGUUAAUGUUAGUGCUUUUGUUGAACCGGUGAAGACUAGAUCUCGAAGACAGAGGAGUGGUGGUUCACAAAGGAGACACAAGGGAUAGACUCCAUAAAAACUAGAAGCCAAUCCACAAGAAACAAUACAAUCAACUUUGGAGGCCAAAAGCGAGGAAGACGUUAUAGUAACUUUAGAAGUAACUAAUAAUAUUGAAGGUCAAUAUUGAAUCUCUCUCGUUGUAAGAGUUCGGCCUUUUAGAAUUUGAGUUUUUUCGAUUUCUUGGUCCUCUUGUUGGGGUAUGGACCUCCCCAUAAAGCCCACACUCUUUG